GGUAUAGUCGCCAUUUUGUCUCGCAUACCAACAGUUCUGCUUCUAUUGUUCGCUGUUCGAUCUGUUCCAUUCCAUUAAUUAUAAGACGAAAUACUUGAUAUUAAAAGUGUUUUUCAUUUCAUUUCAGUUAUUUUAUUAUCGAUUUUAUAAAACAUUUUUUAUAUUUUUUUUAUAAAAUAGAAUAGAAUUUUUUAAAAUAAUGAAAGGACUAGUUGCUCUUGUAACUGGUGGUGCUUCUGGAUUAGGACUUGGUGUUGUACAAAGAUUUAUAAAAGAAGGUGCUAAAGUAGUUAUUGCAGAUUUACCAAUAUCUAAAGGAAAUGAAAUUGCUAAUGAACUUGGAGAAUCUGCUAUUUUUACACCAGCAGAUAUAACAUCAAUAAAAGAUAUGAAUGUUGUUGUAAAUGAAAUAGAUAAGAAGUUCAACAAAUUGGAUAUCAUAGUAAAUGCAGCAGGAAUAGCUGUUGCCCACAAAAUAUAUAAUUUUAAUAAAAAUAUACCACAUGAUUUAGAUAAAUUCAACAAAGUGCUUAAUGUAAAUGUUUCUGGAACAUUUAAUGUUAUUAGAUUAUGUCUACCACUUAUGUAUAACAACACACCAGAUAAAGAUGGAUUACGUGGAGUAAUAAUUAAUACAGCAAGUGUUGCAGCAUUUGAAGGACAAAUUGGUCAAGUAGCAUAUUCUGCCAGUAAAGGUGCAGUUGUUGGAAUGACUUUACCAUUAGCUCGCGAUCUUGCUAAUGUUGGUAUUCGUGUUGUUACAAUUGCACCUGGAAUAUUUGAUACACCUAUGCUAGGAGAUUUACCAGAAAAAGUGCGUCUUUACUUAAUGAGAUCAGUACCAUUUCCAAAGAGAUUGGGUACUCCUGAUGAAUAUGCUCAAUUAGCUCAACACAUUGUUGAAAAUUCUCUCCUCAAUGGAGAAGUGAUAAGAUUAGAUGGUGCUCUUAGAAUGCAACCUUAAAUAAAAUUGUUUUGUAAUUUUAUAUAAAUAUGGAAUUGGAUAAAGGGGAAAAAUAUGGAUAUUUUAAAUGAAAAUUGUAUAAAAAAUAUAUAAAAGAGAAAUAAAACAAUUAACAUUUUUACAUGCAACACCAUUAUAAUUCUCUUAAAAUGUACACAAACAACGAAAAGUUUUCAUCUAUUAUAGAUUGGCAUCUGGAUCUACUGCAUCAUGAUCAUCGAUAGUAUAAUCUACUGAGGAAAAGGAUAUUUGUUGCACCAAACCUGGUCCUUGAGAAGUAAGACCGGAUGUUGUGUCUCUUUCAACAUCAAGAUAAUUUUGAGGAACAAAGCCUUCUUCACCACGAUAAUUUCGUGCUCUGAGCCAUCCAUCACCAUCACCUUCACCAACAACUUCUAAUUGCUCACUUUCAACAAUUGACAAUUCAUCAGGAUUUUGUGCCUGUAAUAACAAAUAUUAUUCAUAUAAUACAUAAUUAUUUUUCUAAUGAUAAAA